CCUACACGUAUUCAACACUCGACAGGUCAGAAGCUUGUUUGUGCUCUUGUGAUUUACGAGUAAGCAACCUGACCAUCUCCUGACUUCAUCAUCUCAUCAUUCACAUCUUCAAACUGUAUUAGCAUUCAAUGUCAGCAGCACUCUUUGUAUGAAUGGGCAAUGCCCUUCCCUGUCCUACAGCUCCCAGCAUCCUUCAGCUGGCCUUAACACCUCCAUUAUUAAGGUCUUCAACCACAUCUUCUUCUGACGAAGCCUACAUUAGAAACACAUUCGACUGGCCCAGACUGAUCACGCUGGAUCAAUCUAACUCAGACGUCUUCAGCACUGACUGUCUUUGUUUGCCCUCCCAUUGGAUUAUUUUGACCUCAAACUUCUCAAACAAGAAGACUUAAAUGUCCUUUCAAAUUAAGCCUCUAAUUCAUUUGUCUGGAUCUCUGAAGCUGCAAAUCAAUCAUGUGGUCCAUGUUCAUUGUGCCGGAUGAAGAGGCAAGGACAGUGAAUACAUCUCCAGGAGUGCACCAACCUUCCGGUGGGCUGGAAGGGUUUUUGGGAUCACGAGGCGGUGGACGCAAACACCGAAACAGAACGCACUCCAGUUCUGGAGAUGGAAUUAGUGAAAACCAAGAGGGCAAAAUCAAGCUGACGUUGUUCAUGGCUGUAACCAGCAUCAUGCUUACUGUGCUCGGGGUGGGAACAGAGUUCUGGGUGGAGCUUAAACCAUCCAAGAGCUUCUACAACAAUCAGACUUGUCUGGUAGCACAUUAUGGCUUAUGGAAAUGCUGUACCAAGACAUUCUUGGUAUCAGAUAUGGACCCAAAGAAGGAGAUCUGUGGGCCUUUGCACUUUCAAGGAGAAUCCAAUUGCACCUUCUUUAAGUUCUACACCACUGGAGAGAACAUUGUCCUAUUUCAGAAAACGCCAGAAAAGGAUCUGACCGUAGCGUCCGCCAUGUUUGCUAUCAUUAGUCUUUUCCUGAUGGUGAUGGGAACUAUCUGCAUUAUCAUGGCAGUAAGCAAAGGUGUUCAGUUCUUCUUGAAGCCAGCAGCAGUUUGCUUCAUACUGUCAGGUGUCUUAAUCUUCCUCUGCCUCAUCGUUUUCCACCAAUCAGUGCUGUCUUUCUUAGCCAGUGACCAGUCCAUACCUCUACAUCAUGAAAUGUCAUGGUCAGUCACGUGUUUGGGCUGUGCUGGAGCUCUGGUCAUUGUCUCCGGUGUCUUGUUCCUGCUCCUUGCUCUUCCAUUAAGUCCUUGGGAAAAGUGCUUACCUAAGAAAAACAGUGACACCUAGUGGUGAGGAGGACUUCUCAUUCAGAUUUGCACUGAAGCCUCUUUAUAAAGUGGAACAGACAACAACAGUACAUCCUGGUGAAUCUGGGUAUAAAUAUAUAAAACCAGUGGUUGGAAAUGUGAUUAUACUGUGCAUAAGUUGGCCCUGAUGCUGUUGGAAAUGUAACAGGAAGUGGGACAGACAUUUUGGUAGAGUAUAUGUAUCAUUAGGAUGGAAGGCCUUAAAUAAUUAUACAGUACAUACAGUACAAGCUCAUAACAUUAAGAUAAAAGCUAAUUGUUUUGGAAGCUCGUGUAAUAUUUCAUUAUUGGUUGAACUAUACCUUUUGUUAUUUUAAUGUUUUUAAAUGAUAUAAGUCAUAUGUCCUAGUUAAACUUGAUUCUGUAUAUUUCAGUUGCGUUAUGUACUGCUUGUUACAUUUAAAGGUUGAGGUUUUGAAUACUGUUAUAUUUAACAUUUUAUGAGGAUUGAGGUAUAAUUUAGGUAAACUUAUAAUAGUUAAUAUCUCUAGGACUAUAAUUUUGGAAACAGAAGUCUAAUACUGAAGCCAUACUGUAGUUAUUCUGUGCUUUAAAUAUAGUUGUGGUAUAAAUGUCAUUAUUGGCAUCACUGGGUUUCCAAACUCUGAUUGUUAUUGUUGUAGGUAAAAGAAAUGAAGCUUAUUCAUGCUUUUAUAUUUAUGUUUAUGCAGACAUUUUUAAGCUUUUACUUGGUCUUGGCACUAAAGUAUUGUACAUCCAAAAAAACAUAUGGAUCUUUUCUCCUUUGUGAUGUGGAAAACAGCCUUCAUGUCUCGUCACUGGGGGAAAUAAGAGAACCAGUUGAAAUCCAUAACAAAUCUGCUUGAGAUACAUGAGUGAAUUUAUUCUGUUCCUGGCCGACACUGACUGCUUAUUAACGUUGUGGAAUUGCAUAUUUGAAAAACAACACGAUCACUCAAUUUAUUUUAUUCGAUUUAUUUUUGGAGAAAACUGCAGCAUUGUAAAUAAAUAAUGAAUAAAGUGAUGAUUAUUCACAGGAAUACAAAUUUAAAUGUGCUGGCUGAUUUGCAAAAGUAUACUGAGAAAUAGAUAGGUGUUGGUUUUAACUGGAAAUAUGUUGUCAAAUUCUCAGAAAGAGGGCAGUUUAGUUUUUGAAAAGGAACUUACCUGAUUC